CCCAGCAUAGCAAUUGCGUGAAUAUGGCGUCUGGUUGCUUAGCGCUAGUCCUUUUAAUCUUUAUCUGAUAACAUUUCUUUAAUUAAUUUCCAGUUCAUAUUAUACAGUUUAUAUUAUCGUCUUCAUAAACAUCAUGUCUGACUCGGAGGAAGAAUGCCAAGACCGACAGCUGAAAAUUGUUAUUAUAGGAGACGGAGCAUCAGGAAAGUCUUCAUUGGCUAUGCGAUUUGCACAAGAGUCUUUUGGAAAACAGUACAAACAAACAAUAGGGCUGGAUUUUUUUCUGAAAAGAAUAUCUUUGCCAGGAAAUGCAAAUGUCGCACUACAAGUGUGGGAUAUUGGAGGCCAGACAUUAGGAGGAAAGAUGCUGGAUAAAUACAUUUAUGGAGCUCAGGGUGUGCUUCUGGUAUAUGACAUCACAAACUAUCAGAGCUUUGAGAAUCUUGAAGACUGGCACUGCAUGGUAAAGAAGGUUAACGAAGAAUCUGAAACUCAGCCUGUAAUUUCCUUGGUGGGAAAUAAAAUUGAUCUGGAGCACAUGCGAACUGUAAAAGCUGACAAGCACCAACGGUUUUGCCAAGAAAAUGGCCUCAGCAGUCAUUUUGUCUCAGCCAAGACAGGAGAUUCUGUCUUCCUGUGUUUUCAGCGAAUGGCUGCUGACAUUCUUGGAAUCAAACUAAACAAAGCAGAAAUGGAACAAUCACAGCGAGUAGUAAAGGCAGAUAUCGUAAACUACAGCCAGGAGCCAGUGGCACGAACAGUGAACCCGCCUCGAAGCUCCAUGUGUGCAGUGCAAUGAACCACACUCCCCCUCCACUGGUACAGCUGGCGCUGUUGCUUCCCUCAGGCCUGUUGUUCACCAGGAACUUUUCUACUCAGCAAUGAUCAUAUCUGCAGCACAGCAAGAGGUUUUACAAACUUGUCUUCACCAGCAUGUACUAAGAAGCAGCAGGAAACUAUUGUGACUGACUAGGGUCCAGCUUCUGAUACCGAAACUAAGGAAAAGUUUCUCCUUGUUCUUAUAUUUUGUAUUAAAUAGUUUGCUGUAUUUACACUCUCUGCUUGCUAUGUCUUUCUAGGUAUACUUAUGAUUAUUUAUUUUUAAGUUCCUGAAGACAACAAUUUUAGCAAUCACUGCUUCAUUCAUGUGUAUUUUUACUCUUAAAUAUACCAGGCUCGGCUUUUCAAUUUUUAUACUGAUAACUGUCAUUCCUGUGCAGCAGAAUAUGAUUAUUAUUGGAUCAUUAAUUGUGUAACAUUAUUAUUAUUAUUAUUAUUAUUAUUAUUAUUAUUAUUAUUAUUAUUAUUAUUAUUAUUAUUAUUAUUAUUAUUACCUUACAUUACCUACGUUAAGAAUCAAUAACAACCAAAUGCUUCCCAAAUGACCACCACUAUGUUAGUAAAUAUAUAAAUAAAUGCACUGUACUGUCUGUCUAGCCACUAAAACAGAAGACAAAAGGAGAACAUUCAUUUGUUCAAACCCAACUUUGAUGAGAUUUUUUUUUAAUGGCAGUAUAGUGUAUGUGAGUACUGUCUUAUUAAUCUUUCCUACUCUUUAAAAGCUUUAGACCAAUUUUACUGUUCCCCAUUUCAAUGUGCAGCUCUAUCCCCCAUGCCUCCCUAACAGCCCUCCAAACUUUCCUCACUGAGCAGUGAGUCUCUCUUUCUAGUUAGAACGACACUUAGAAAAUGCUGUGCCACGCUGAAGGAAUAUAUCCAACCAUUACGUACAGUAUAUAUGUGUAAUGUGAUUACAGCAAUGUUGCAUUGUACUUUUAAAUGUGAAAUUACUUGUUAUUGUUAUCUGAAAGGAAUUUUCCACAUCAAGCACCCUCUGAUGUAUCAGAAAUUUAAAUGCAGUGUCAUUGUGGUAAGGAAUAGUUACCUUUGCAGUGACAUCAACUGCAGUUGGUUUUCGUUACUGUCACAGAUAUUACCAGCUUAAAGCCAAAUGCUGUUCUAUCCAAACAAUAUGUUGUAAAGGAUUCUUAUUGGAGAAGUUGAGUAAAUAUUCUUAAAUGCUGCUGCUGACAAUGGUAAGCUACAAACAGACAUAUAUGGAUUGUAUUACAUAGAACACAGAAAAAAGCAAAAGUAUGUAACUGAUAUCCUUGAGACUUAGUUACGGCUGUAGAAAGGAAAGGUUUUUGACAUUUAAGGAAAUAAAUAAAACAAUGAGUAGUAUGUAUUGUAUACAUUUUUGUUUCCGUAGUUCUGAUUUAGUGUACAAUUCCAGGACAAUUGUUCCUCAUCCAGACCCCAUUUAAAACUUUCCUUUUCCUCAUUUAAUGAUUGACAAAACACUGUGAUAAAAUGUUUAUUAUAUUGCCUGUUUUUAUUACAUUAGCUGGAUAUUUUGGAUAGUAUGGUAUUGGCAGAAUAAUACCCCAAAUCCCACUGUCAAUAUAUUGUUUUUGUUAAUAUUUUUUUCUUAUUUGUUUGAAUGUGAUUUAAGAUCUAAACUGGCAUAUUCACUAAGUGUAACAUCAGAAAAGAGCAGUUAAGUGGAUUAAUGAUGUCAUGUACUAUACUGUUGAAAAAUGACCUGUUUUUCUUCUAGACAGCAUACCUUCAUGUAUACAGAAUAUUGUAUUGUUAUUCUAACUGAAGAGAUGGAUUUCAACCUAGCCUUUGGAAAUAAUGGAUUCUGAUGGUUCAAAAAAAGAUAGUUCAAUUAUAGUUCAAUUAUAAGUUUUUCAAUUGUAUUUGAAAUGUAUUUGCUAUAUACACUGUACAUUUAUUUGUAAUGUGAAUAUUACAUAUUGUUCUGUAUAGAGAUAAUGCAUAUGCGUGCUGAGAUAAAAUAGAAGUUAGAAAACUGAGAUUUUGUUUGUUAACUUUAUAAAUGAAAAGUAAUGAGGAAUUGUACAAUGAAAUCCACCUUGAACUGUGGAAACCUCUUAAAGGGGCAAUGUGAUUACCAUCUAUGUGCCAGUUACCUACUUUUAAGUUGUAUGUCCUCAGAAAAUUCCACGUCAAAACGACUGUUAACAAAACUCUAAACACUGUAGGCAAACUAGGGAAUGUUACUGAGUUGUAGAACACCUGUGUAUGAAGGAACUCACUCAUGAAACUCAUAAUUGGCUGAAAGCUCUAUAAUAAU